AGGGGAUGAAGGUGGUGGAGAUUGAGAAAUGUCGCAACGACAUUAAGAAGCUCCGUGAGGAGAUGGCAUCAAGAAACAACAGUAACUUCCUGGAAGGCAACAAGAAGCUGACUCCACGCAGAGACGUGCCCUCCUACCCAAAAUACAUGCUGUCACAACAGACCAUAGACGCCCUCAAAAAACCCGCCUUUGACAUGUGGCUAUGGGAGGCCAACGAGGUAAGACUGACCAUUUUUCUGAACCCGUCUCACCUAUAAUUCCCCUCUCUCCUCCCUCCCCCUUCCCCUCCCCUCCUCUCCAUGUUCCCCCUGUUUGUCCUGCUGCCCUUUGU